UCUGGAACGCACGUAAUCUCGAGCGCGUUGUGAAAUCGGCUUCAAAAUGACUUCAUCGAUAAUCUUGGCCGGUUUGGGCCUGGCCGUGGUAGGAUACGGAGGACGGGCGCUGAUGCGCCAAAUGCCGAAUGCAGCUACGAAAAUGCAGGAAGCUCUUAAAAAUCUUCCCAAGUUUGAUGCGGAAAUGAUGGCCAACUCGAAAUACUAUCGUGGUGGUUUCGAACCGAAAAUGAACAAACGCGAAGCUUCGCUAAUUCUUGGCGUAAGCCCAUCGGCAUCCAAGAUCAAGGUAAAGGAUGCUCACAAGAAAAUUAUGCUUCUGAAUCAUCCCGAUCGUGGAGGUUCUCCGUAUUUGGCCGCAAAAAUCAACGAGGCAAAGGAUUUCCUCGACAAUGCCAAGUAA